AUGCUUGGUCUUUCCGCAGCAGCCCUUGUCAUCGCAUCCGCCUUGGUACCCCGUACCCUCGCUCACGGCGGUGUUCUAUCCUACUCCAUCGCCGGAACAUGGUACGACGGAUGGAAACCGUACAACAGUCCCGUGGGUCAGUCCACUAUUCAGCGACCUUGGGACACAUACAACCCGAUACAAGACCCUACUGUAAACACUCUUGCGUGCAACGAUGACGGUACAUCCCCCGCUGGCCAGCUCACUGCAACCGUCGGCGCGGGCUCCCCCAUCACCGCGUUCUGGAACACCUGGCCACACGACACCGGCCCAGUCCUCACCUACCUCGCCCAAUGCCCCGGAUCUACGUGCACUGGCGUGAACGCGAACUCGCUGAAAUGGUUCAAGAUCGACGAAGCAGGCUUGCUCUCUGGAUCGGUCGGCGCUGGAACAUGGGCAGCUGGCAAAAUGAUCGCCCAGAACAACAGCUGGACUUCAACCAUCCCCGCCUCCGUGCCCUCUGGCAGUUACUUGAUCAGAUUCGAGACCAUCGCCUUGCAUUCCAUGCCUGCCGUACCAAUUCUACCCGGAAUGCGCGCAAAUCACGAUCACCGGAGGUGGUUCGCGGGCUCCUACGCUGCGGAGUUAGUUUCGUUCCCCGGAGCCUACAAGGCUUCUGAUCCAGGAAUCACAAUCGACCUCUAUACUCAAGCCGCAACAUCUCAAAUGACCUACGUAAUCCCAGGCCCUCCUCUUUACGGCGCUGCCUCUGCUCCUCCCUCCAACCCGAACCCCGGUUCGACAGCCGUCCCGACCUCCCCGGCCACUACCAACGCGCCCUCUUCAACAGCUGCCCCCGGAACUGUCGCGCAGUUCGGUCAGUGUGGAGGUAUUGGAUACUCCGGAGCUACAGGAUGUAUUGCUCCAUUCGUUUGCACGGCUUUGAAUGAUUAUUACUCUCAGUGCCUCUAA